GGGUAACGGGGUCAACUGAAAUUGCGUCAGUGUGUGAACACAUCAUAUCGGUUCGUACAGGGGUUUCAACCCCUUCGAAAAAUCGCAAACGUGACCACCGGGAGACGAUCGUAUAUCGUUUUUGUGCGAGGAAGCUUUUCGGGACUUGUUUUCGACGGUAUCGAUUGAAAAAAUUAUUGAUCUAUUUCUCCAUGUAACACAUUCCGAGCAUUGGAAAUGGAACGAGAACUGAGGUUCCCCCAUUUGCUACUAGGAUGUGUCAGAAAAAAGUGAAUUAUCUGGUAUUUUAUUCUUAACAUUUCAAUAACCCAAUUUCCACAUGCUGCAUAUUUUCUCAUGCUCCAUUCCAGCCAUAUUAUCAAUCGAAUUCUCAGUUUGAAACCCUCUCUCCAGAGAGAAUCCAGCAUUUUUGAAGCAAUAGUUCCAAAAUGAAAAGUCCCUGUCCAAAUCCGCAUUGACAUCAUCUCGAAAUUUAAAGACUGUUACCGACUGAUUACCCGACUGAGCCAUCUGAAUCGACUGAUCUAACACCAAUCGAGCAAUUCUCUUUAUAAUAUUUAACUCGGUGUCAUCUUCGUCUUUUGAAUUCAUUGUAAUCCUUUUAUUCUGGAAAAAUCGUAAGUGUUCUUUGACGUUUUUGUAAUCCCAAUUUUGUACGUAUUUUAUAAGGUUUUCUACUGGAUUUUCCGAUCGAUUUAUCGAUGUUCGUCGCGUUUUAAACCGUAUUUUUGGGAAGGAGUUGAAAAUAAACUAAGUCAAAGUGUAUACCCCCACGAAGACCACCCUGUAUCUCGUUAAGCUGGCAGAUCAGGACAUCAUCACUUUAGAAAUUCACGAAGUGCAAGAUGUCCAAGGAUCUCCCCCAGAGGAGGCGAACAGCUCGGGUGCCACCGUUGUCGAAGUCAGUAAUUCGGAAAAAAAUCAGCCGGUUCAGAACGCUAUACAGACGAGUCAACCGCCCCCUCAGCCGCCUCAGCAGCCAGCGCAGCAGACUCAGCAAGCAGCUUCCUCCACUCCGCCGAGCAACACUGUGAUGACAGCACAAAUCGAGAUAAUACCUUGCAAGGUCUGCGGGGACAAGAGCAGUGGCGUACAUUAUGGUGUGAUAACGUGUGAGGGGUGCAAGGGAUUCUUCAGGAGAUCUCAAAGUUCAGUGGUGAAUUAUCAGUGUCCCAGAAAUAAGAACUGUGUUGUCGACAGGGUGAACAGGAAUAGGUGCCAGUACUGCAGGUUACAGAAAUGUCUCCGACUUGGUAUGAGCAGAGAUGCUGUCAAAUUUGGUCGGAUGUCGAAAAAGCAGAGGGAGAAGGUAGAAGACGAGGUCAGAUUUCACAGAGCCCAAAUGCGAGCACAGAGCGACUCAGCGCCAGACAGUUCAGUGUUCGAACAACAAACGCCUUCAAGUAGUGAUCAGCUACACCAUAGCUUCAAUGGAGGAUAUAGCUACAGUAAUGACGUGAGCAACUAUACAUCGUACUAUACGGGUGCUGCGCAAGUCCAGACUUCUAUGGGCUAUGACAUAUCUGCUGAUUACGUAGAUAGCACAACAGCCUAUGAUCCUAGUCCACGCCUUGAUCUGAUAGAUACCAACAGUUUGAUGCAUGCUCUUGGUAAUACAGGCAAUACUAAUACCAGCACCAGCGGUGGUAGCGCCACUUCCAACGGGAAACACUCGGAGUCCUUGUCCCCCUCCGAGUCGUCGUCCCGUCCUUUCAAGCGUCUAGGAGCGACGUCGCAAUCGGACGCGUCGAAUCAUGUCAAACAGGAGGGGGAGGCCCUCGUGCCGUCCGUUUAUGUGGACAGCACCACGUUCGUGCACUCUCCUGCAGGUGCUUCUGCCGCGCCUGCGCUGCCGAUGUCUGUUAGAAUUCAGCAGAUGAUGGAGGAGGAUGAGUCCGAGUCCAUCGAUGAAUCCUUGCCUAAGCCGGCACAAAUGAGAGAACUAAUCCUAUCGUCCAUAAGGGACGCCUUCGCCCGAUCCUGUCAGUACACGCAAGAACAGCUCCAGGAGAUGUUCCGAAAACCCGUCGACCACUGCAGACUCAUCCUUUACAAGAACAUGACCCACGAGGAGAUUUGGGUAGAGUGCGCACAGAGACUUACCGGAGUCGUUCAGCAGAUAAUCGAAUUCGCUAAACUGCUACCCGGUUUCAUGAAACUGUCGCAGGACGACCAGAUUGUCCUCCUCAAAGCAGGAGCCUUUGAGGUAGCCUUGUGCCUGAUGUCGCGAUACAUCGACCUCUCUACCAACUCCGUCUUAGUAGGAGACUCGAUGCUUCCUCAAGACGCCUUCUUCACGCAAGACACCUCGGAACUGAAGCUGGUCACCAUGGUCUUCGAGGUGACCAAGAGCAUAGCCGAACUGAAACUGACUGACGAGGAGCUAGGACUUUUCGCCGCGAGCGUCCUCAUAACACCAGAACGGAUCGGUCUACGGGGACUCACCGAGAUCACCAGAGUGCACUGCGCCAUCAUGAAAGCUUUAAAAUCGGAGUUGGACAAUUCCCACUGCAUGCCAAUCAAGGGAGAUAUCACCGUUUUCGACUACCUGCGCACGAAACUACCUGCACUGAGGGAACUGAACGCGCUCCACAUGGACGCCCUGUUGAAGUUCAGGAGAGCAAAUCCUCAAACUGAAUUCCCAGCUUUACACAGGGAACUUUUCAGCGACUACAACGACAGUUGAGUUUGAGUAGACGGCAGCAUCUUCUGAACUGUAGCAGCAGGAUCGUGUAGCUACUAUUCCUUGAAACUGAAUGUAUCGGCCUUAACUACAUAAAUAUGAUAAAGAUUAAUUUCGUUAUUAUGAGAUAAAAAUUUAUUGUUGUGACAUAGAAAUUCAAAGAAGCAGAUCUCUAUAAGAAAAUCGUUCGAACAACUGCAAUCGCUUUGAUUAACGCGUGUGAAGAUGUGUUCACAAAAAUAAGUAUAUGCAGUAACACCCCCCAAUAAAUAUACCGAAUUCGAUCUUUUCAAAACGCACUGAGGUAGACGGCCGAAGGUCUGAUAAUUCGAUCGGGAACUACUGUAUAUAAUCCAGGCCCUGAUUUAAAAGUACAACUUUGUAUUUUUUGUGGUUUGUUGUUCAAAGUUCGUUGAAAUUUUUGAGAGAUAUAUCUUUUUCCGCUGAAAAUUGAGGAGUCUGCCGAAAUAUGAGUACGUAUUUCGGUAUCGAAAUUGUUUUAUCGGAACAGAAAUGGUGUGCAAUAUCUACAACAUGUUAAUAUGAAAGUUCUGAAUCCUACAAGGUGCUGACUCGUUCGAUACUACGACGUAUAAAUUUGCAGUUUUUCGAACGAUCGACGAUUAAACAAAUAUGAUAAAUUAUGUAAUCUGCCACACUUAACACUAAACACGUAAGUUUAAAUUAUAUACACGUUUAGACAUAUAGAUAUACAGGUCUUGACAAAAUCGAUCAUGCGAAACGGGUUCUCUCAACUUUCACCACUUCCCUGGGAAUAAAACGAAAACUUUCAUGAAAAAAAAAAAUGCACUGAUUUAUGGUCGCUUUGUCACCACCUGUAUAUAGGAAACCACGUCGAAAAACGAUGGAAUGAGUAUAUGAGCGAAUAAUUAAGGGAAUAAAUCGAGAUGUUUUCAUCUCCCAAGACUGCCAAUAUCAAAAUUGAGACAAAAUUGACGACUCCAAUUUUGAACGUUCACCGCGUCAUGUCGAGGACUGUAAUUUUAAGAGACAAGCGGAAAGAUUGAUAGACAUAUAGGGUUUUUUACAAAAGAAGAUUUCGUUGAGCAGGUCGUGAUGAGUGUGUCCCUUUUUAUCGGCUCGCCGUAUCAUUUCCAUUUUUUAAGGGUGAGAAAAUUUAGGAAUAAUACCUGAAAUACUUGAAAGACUGUAAUGCUUGUUAUAAGAUUGUAUGCAUAAAAAUUUCUAGUUCGUAUUUCUCCGUUUUUCGAUGUGCUUAAUUUAAGUUAAGUUUUACUUGGUGACACAUGGUUUUAUAAAGAUUAUAUUAUAUAAAGAGAUGUAUAAAGUAUAUGAAUAGAUUCUAGAUGAUUAUUGAUAUAGAACUAAACUGAUUUUUUUACAUUUUUACGCGAUUAUGGUUCUGUACGUGCAAGGUAGACGAUUCACCGUUUCGAAAUUUUUUUUACGUUCGUCCCGAUGAUACAUACCCCCCUCCCCCUUCAAAACAAAUGAACGUCCAUUUCCGAAGUUUAUCCUUGAAUAGUUCGCGUUCAAAUAUCAACACAUCUAUAAUCUCCCGAGAACAGACAUUUAUCUGUAGAUAUAUUUAUUUUCAAAUUUUUGAAAAUGCCAGAUUAAACGAUAGUUUUAAUCUUAGUUAGAUUUAACACAGCAUAUUUUCGUUGACUUCGACCAGUGUUGAACAGAUGUUGAUGAUAUUGCCCCCCCUCUCCCCACUCCCCCCCAGUGUUGUAAAACUAUUUAUAAUUUUCUUUUUGUUGUGUGUACCCCGCUGUAGAAUAACAUCACAUGUGUUUUUAUAUAUUAUUAUGAAUAUGGAUAUUAUGGAGUUAUAGCUUGUAUAGAGAUUUUUAUAUAAUUUAUUAGAUUAUAGUUCUAUGAAGUAAUUAUUGUAUAAACAGAAAAAAAUUCAACAUUGGUUGAUGUCGAUUUCUUAUACGAUAGGAGGCUAUUACGUUAUUUUCGUAUCUAGCAAACCAUGUUGGUGAACACACGGAUUUCGUUUGAACGACAUGGCUGUGUUAUGUACAUUAUAACAACUUACAGAAGACGCCUUUAAACUGUUAACUUUUUGUUAAAUAAAGAAUUAGUUCCAUUUCCUCAGUUUUUUAUUGCAUUUCUAUUCAUCGUCAGUAAUUAUUUUUCAUUGAAUUUUAUUUAUUUAUCGAAAAGUUAACAAAGGGUUAACACCUUAUUGUGUAUUAUAGCGAAUGUGUAAAAAUUGGGGAUUUAUGGUAUAUGGUUUCAGUGUUUCGAUCAUCAAAAUGCAAAUUUUUCGUUCGGAAAAUGUUUCGCAAAAUUCAGGAACGAUUUUUUACAGGUGGAGAUUGUGUAAGCUUGAUGUUACUAACAUUUUGUUUAUAUAUUUUAUUUCUGUUGGUUUUAUAAAGUUUUACGGAUA